GCUCUGGGCACCAAGAGCAGCUCUCUGCAAACAGAUGUCGUGGAACCCGCAGUACCGCAGCUCCAAGUUCCGCCACGUGUUUGGCAAGGCCGCCAGCAAGGACAAGUGCUACGACUGCGUGCCCAUCACCCGCAACGUCCAGGACAACCACUUCUGCGCCGUGAACCCCAGCUUCAUCGCCGUGGUCACCGAGUGCGCGGGCGGCGGCGCCUUCCUCGUCAUCCCCAUCAAGCAGACUGGAAAGCUUGACCCGCAUUAUCCCAAAGUAUGUGGGCACAAAGGAAAUGUUCUGGACAUCAAGUGGAACCCAUUCAAUGACUUUGUAAUAGCUUCGUGUUCAGAAGAUGCCACAGUUAAAAUCUGGGACAUCCCCAAUCAGAUGCUAAAAAGAAACAUUACCACUCCGAAGAAAGAACUUAUUGGGCAUGCUCGAAGAGUCGGUCUGAUUGAAUGGCAUCCCACAGCUGAUAACAUUCUCUUCAGCUCUGGCUAUGAUUACAAGAUAAUGAUUUGGAACCUUGAUGUCAAGGACGCUGUACUUUCAAAUCCAGUGAAGAUUCUUGAUGCUCACAAAGAUGUGGUCCUCUCCAUGUCAUUCAACACAGAUGGCAGUCUCCUUGCCACUGCUUGCAGGGACAGAAAGAUACGUGUGAUAGACCCUCGUGCUGGAACAGUGCUACAGGAAGGAAGCUACAAGUCUCACAAAGCCAAUAAAGUUUUGUUCAUUGGAAACAUGAAAAAGCUGUUUUCUACUGGAACAUCUUUGUGGAAUAAUAGGCAAAUUGCAUUAUGGGAUCAAAAUAACCUUUCUGUGCCUUUACUGGAGGAGGAUCUGGAUGGCUCCUCAGGACUACUGUUUCCCAUCUAUGAUUCUGACACACACAUGCUUUAUGUGGUGGGAAAGGGUGAUGGAAACAUACGGUACUAUGAGAUAAGCCCUGAGAAACCAUACCUGAACUACCUGAUGGAAUAUCGUUCUCCCUCACCACAGAAGGGAACUGGAAUAAUGCCAAAGAGAGGUCUUGAUGUGUCAGCUUGUGAAAUUUUCCGUUUCUACAAACUGAUUCCAACUAAAAGCCAGAUUGAGCCCAUCUCCAUGAUUGUGCCUCGACGGUCGGAAUCUUACCAGGAAGAUAUCUACCCCUUGACUGCAGCAGCCCAGCCGGCACUGACAGCACAAGAAUGGCUCAACGGCAUUAACAAAGGGCCUCUCUUGGUAUCCUUAAGACCAGGCUCUGAAGGUGUGAACUCCCUAGCACAGUUUCUUGAGCCAGAGCCACUCACAAAAGCUACUGACGUGAGCCAGCAACAGGGAGGAGGAGGAAGGAUAUCACUGGAGGACAAGCAGAAGCCAAGAGAGAUUGAAGGCAGCAGAAAACGGCUGAAAGUGGAGGAGAAACUGCCAGAAGAUGAGCAAAUGUGCCUCUCCAAUGGCUUUGACAUACUUGAGUGUCCAACACCAAAAACUAAAAGUGAGCUUUUACAGAUGUAUUACCGGCAACAGGAAGAAAUCCGUCGACUACGUGAGUUGGUAAACCAGAGAGAUGUCCAAAUUAAACAGCUGAAGCUGGGGAUCAGAAAUCUCUGUGCAUCAGAAAUCUCUGACACAGGCAAUUACUGAGGUUGCUGACCUGCAGCUCUUUGUACCCCUGGACACAGAGGGAGAUUCCAGUUCCUGCAGAUAACUCCUCCUAGGUUUUUUACUGGGGGUAAAAUUGAUAUUUCAGGCAGCAUGGACUUCCCUGGCUUGUGGUGGUCACAUUUCCCUAAUUGUCACCAGACAGUUUCUGAUGGAUUUGCUGUGCUCUUCAGGCUCCCCUUGCUUGCCUGCUCACCAAUGUCAGAAGCUUGUGUGUUAAUGUUAGUGAGAGACUUUGGAAAAUCUUGCUCUUCUGGUCUUGGAGAAGCUAUGUGUUAAUCUCUAGGAAUGACCUGUUUUGCUGUCCCUCCACAUGACAGGACAAUGGGAGACUGAAGGCAGCUGCCAGCUUCUUUUCUCACCCUGGGGCCCAGCAAUGUGGCUCCUGUGUCCCUGCCAGAGGGAGCCCACUCUGCUGAGCUUCAGAGCACCUCCAGCUCCCAGGUGAUCCUUACGCACCCCUCUCCCCUCACAGCUCGGCCCUGCUCCCAGGUGGAUCGGGAAAGCCGUGGCUGCCCUGCCCUGGUGCUGGGGAUAGUCCCGCUCUGAGUGGGAGGCUGCACUGCGGGUGCCAAGGGCCGGCACUUCUGCCAUAGGAAAAGGAGAGUCGGUGUUGGAGGACCUACUUAAAAGAGUUGGUGGUGUGGGCUAGUUCUCACCAGAGAAGCUGAAGAGUCUCUGUGUCCUGUGAGUCAGUGGCCUUCUUUCCCUCCUUCUGCCAAAGACCAGCUGCAGUCAACUGGGGGUCAUCAGAAAUAUGAGGACAUUUAAAGCUGCACACUGUUGACAGCCAGGGAAUUUGCCAAGAGGGUUUAAAAGGAUGACUGGGGAGUUGGACCCCCAACCCACUGCAGGCAUUUCAGCAAUGGUGCUAGAAGUGCUGUGUCAACCACAGUAAGAUCACAGGACCGUGGCCAGUCAUGAGCAGCCCUCCAGGGUUACUGGAGUAUCACUUGUCCUUAAUGCCUGCAGCUGCUGCUUCCUUAGCUCCCAGGUGCCAGCACCUUGUCCCAUUCCUGCAGCCAUCCACAGCUGCAGGUUCCCUCUUGCCAGCUGUGUUGUCCAGCCCCCUGCUUCCUCCGGGGCUGCUGAGUCUUCCUCAGCCCUGUGGCCACACUGAUUUGUGCCCUUCAGCACCAGCUCUCUGGCUCGAUGCUGGACCUUAUGGACAUGUCUUAAACCCAGGCAGAUCAAGCAAACCACUGUUUAAUCUGUAACUUUGCACCUCUGUAGUGGCACCUAGAAAGCAUAGAAUCAGCUAGGCCCAGGGGAUACGUCUAGGACACAUCCUUGUCACCAGAUGCAUUUUGGCUGCAUUUUUUUUUUUUGCUUAUUUUUUUCAUACAAAAUAAAUUAUUUAAAUUAUUUCCAAAGUAAAGUAAUUUUUCCAGGGGAUUUUUACAUCGUCUUGAGGACUGUUUCUUUGUUAUUCUGUGACUGACUAGCAUAGACAAUGGUUGGCCACUAUGGUUCUUAUCCUAGGGUUGUGUUGAUUUCAGCAUUUAGGGAAGAGAAGGUGCUUUCAUUUAGGCUUUGGUGAGACUAUUUAAUCAAAGCUUCUUUUUUAGACAGUAUGCCUGUAAAAGCGUGGACCGUGAAAUGUACUUAAAUUUGGAGCUUAACUGCAACCACUAAUCUUUCACAUGGAAAAAACCUCGAGGAAAUGGAGUUAUGCGUUCAUGAUCUGUGCCUAAAUAGUCUUGAGUGAUUAUUUUAACAGUUUCAAGAACUCUAAAAGCUUUGUAAAAAAACUAUUGAACAUGGGGAUAAAAAAACCA